CACCGGCCCUGAGAUGCGUGAGCUUACCGGGACUUGUAGUCUUCUCGUCACCGCCAGGCAACCGCCGUCUGUGUUCGUGUUUCCAUGGCGACCGUCGACGCGGUCACGAGUGACGUCCUAGUUCGCUUUGACUCGCCUGCGACGCCGCUCCGAACUUGUUCUGUUCGUGCGCGUUUGUCGUCUUCUGCGUUGUGGCAGCCGGCGAUCAGCGGGACGUUCUUGAAUAGAGCGAAUAAAAACAAACAAACCAAAAAAAAGUCGCGUGAAGCGUCGCCAUUUUCGCUCCCCGUCGAAGGUGCAGGAAGGAAGCCCAGAAGAUGGACGGAACUCAGCAGGUGAGCCUGCAGGUGGCCGCGUCCUUCAAAGCUUUCCUCAUGAAGAGCAGCAGCAAGAGCAACUUAAACCUCUACGACCACCUUUCCCGGCUGCUGAUGCGCGUGAUCGAGGAGCGUCCCCACGACGUGGUGGACGUGAUGGAGGACCUGAGUCACGACGUGAAACUGCGUCUUUACGAGGACACGCAGAGCACCCUGCAGGACCUCCAGCAGACCACGGCCGCCGAGGAGCUGGCCGAGCAGCAGAAGGUUCUCUUCGUCAGGCCCGAGGACGCCCCCGAGCACGAGUUUGAGCUGGAGUCCGCGCUGCCCAACGUGAGCGAGAUCGCCUACUUCCUGGAGCAGGCGGGCGUGGGCCUGGGCCGCGAGGAGAUGCAGCGGGUCUUCCUGGCCCUCAAGCAGCUGGUGUCGUCCUACACCAUGCAGCGGUGCCGCCUGUGGGGCAAGAUCAUGGGCACGGAGAGGAGCUACAUCAUCGCCGAGGCCGAGUUCGCCGAGGGCGAGGAGGAGGACGACGACGCCGCGGAAGAGGCGGCCGACGACGAGGCCCGCGAGGUCGACGCCAAGGAGAAGGCCGAGAGCGAGAUGGACCCGCUCCCCCAGUCCACGUACAAAGCUCCCCCCGUGGUCCCCAAGGAGGCCAAAGGGACCGGAGCCAACAAGUUUGUGUACUUCGUGUGCAACGAGCCGGGCCUGCCGUGGUCCAAGCUGCCGUCGGUGACCCCGGCCCAGAUCACCGUGGCCCGGCAGAUCCGCAAGUUCUUCACCGGCCGGCUGGACGCCCCCAUCGUCAGCUACCCGCCCUUCCCGGGCAACGAGGCCAACUACCUGCGGGCGCAGAUCGCCCGCAUCUCGGCCGGCACGCAGAUCAGCCCGCAGGGCUUCUACCAGGCCAUCGAGGAGGAGGGCGCCGAGGAGGAAGGCUCCUCCGAGGACGGCAUCGAGGAGAACCCCGAAUUCGAGGGGGUCCCCGUGGGAGAGCUGGUGGACUCCUUGUCCUCUUGGGUGCAUCACACGCAGCACAUCCUGCAUCAGGGCCGCUGCACCUGGGUGAAUUUGGCCGUGAAGACGGAGGACGAGUCCAACGAGGAAGAGGCCGAGGAGAUCGAAGAGGACCCCGACGAGCCCGAGCCUGAAGUGGGCCCCCCGCUUCUCACGCCGCUCUCCCAGGACGCAGAAAUCUUCGAGACGGUUCCGUGGAGCUCCAGCCUCUCGUCCACGCUCACCUCGCAGCACGCCAUCGCCGUGAUGCGCUCCAACUGCUGGCCCGGGGCCUGCGCGUACGCUUACGCAAAGAAAUUCGAGAACAUCUACGUGGGCUGGGGACUGAAGUACCCGGGCGACGGCUACAGCCCGCUCCUCCCGCCGCCGCCCCAGAACGAGUACCCCAGCGCCCCCGAGAUCACCGAGGACGUGGACCCCACCGUGGAGGAGGAGCAGGCCCUGCAGGACGCGCUGGACGAGAAGCAGGCGGCCGAGGAGGCCGAGGAGGGGGACUCGGACGAGGAGCAGGACGAGGAGGACGACUGAAGCCGUGAAGAUUGAACCUCCGCCCAGGCUGGACGCAAAUGUCCACAAAAGACCUCGUUUGAAUACAUUGUUUCAGUUUCACUUUCACAAAAGCACGAAGAUGGAAUAUUACGCGGAGGUAUUUAGGCAACAUCAGCUGGGAAGCCAAAAGUUGGGCGCAAAUGGGUCUUCCGAAUGGACCGUGACCCGAAGUGGCUUGAGUCUUGAAGUGGGCCCGACCGGAAUUUGUGGACCGAUCUGAAACGGGGCGGCACGCUGUCUCAGCCGGUAGAGCGUUGGCCUCCCAGUUCUGUGGACCCGCGUUCGAUCCCGGCCCCGCCUGCGUGGAGUUUGCGUGUUCUCCCCGUGCCUGCGUGGCUUUUCUCCUUGUGGGCACAUCCCAAAAACAUGCAACGUUCACCGGACCCUCUAAAUUCCCCCUCGGUGUGAUUGUGAGUGCGCCUGUUAGUCUGUCUCCUUGUCUCCUGCGAUUGGCCGCCGACCAGUUCAGGGUGUACCCCGCCUCCUGCCCAAUGACGGCUGGGAUUGGCUACGGCGCGACUCUUGUGAGGAUAAGCGGCUAAGGAAAUGAAUGAAUGGAUGGAUGGAUCUGACUCACUUCCAGCGGUCCUUCUGUCCGGAGGAAUGGGCCGGGACUCCAGCAGAGUACUGGCAGAGACUUGCGGAAGGUUACCCGAAACCUUUGACCCCGGUCAUGCGCUUCAAAGGAAAUGCUACUCCAAACUCAGGAAACCAAGAAAAUAAUAUAAAAUAUACUCACUCAUUAUUGUGGAAUUGAACAAAAUGAAAUCAUUUUGGUGAUCUCGACUGAGAGGUUUUGUCUCAUUUUGGCUUCGUGAACGUGAGGCAGAAAAUGUGUUUUUGCAUAUAUCAAACAACCCGGUUUGCUUACGUCAGAGAAAAGAAAUACAUUCAUGUCAAAUUAAUAAUGACAAUA